AACCAUCGACGAUACGACGAUGCGGUUUCGAAACCUUUCAAGCCGUCAGUUGAGAGCGAUAAAUCGGAGUCUUCUAUCAUAACCUCCAAAACUAACAGAUGCCAAUGUCCCAAAGGGUUUCAAACGUUAGCAAAGUCCCCAAAAGAUAUGUACCGGAAAAUUUACUUUGAAAUCUUCCAUCAAGUCUUGGAGUCAUUGAAAAGCAGAUUCGAAACGGAUUCAUCACACUUUUUGAAGUCUUUGGAAGCAUUUACUAUUGGAAAUGCUUCAGAUGGUGACAAGAUAAUCACUUUUUAUAAUGGUGAUUUCGAUAAGGAUCGAUUGGUCUCAGAUAGAGACAUGUUUUUGGAAUUGACGAGUAGGAGCAACAAACCAGUACGAAAUUUGAAAGACGCAGUCGAAUUUUCGCGGGGAAAUGAGUGCACCUUUGGAGUUCUUCCUGAAUACGUAAAAUUCAUUCGACUCAUGCGUACAGUUCCGGGUUCUACUUGUACACAUGAAAGGAGUUUCUCUGCUCUGCGACGAUUAAAAAAUUAUUUACGCACAACAUUGUUACAAGACAGAUUGAAUAACAUUGCUGUCUUACACAUUUACCAUGACGUAGUUGAUAAACUUGACAACGAAGAAUUGAUGGACAAAUUUAUAACGCGAAAUGCGAAGCUUUCCGUCGUAUUUGCAUUGCGUCAGAAAUAA